AGAAAGACCAAGGGACAGGAGGAGGCAGAGGGUGUGAAGUCAGGCCUCUCAGGGGCAAGAAGGAAAGCAUCCAAAGCCAGCUGGUCUGGCUUUGAAGUAGAAAAGAGAGAACGAGUGAUACAAAGAAGAGAGACCGAAAGAUAAAGAGAGGAAACAUGAGAUAUAGAAAGUGAAUCCUUGCAGGAAAAAACCUGAAGACCCUUUACAGCAGGUUCUGUGAAGGCAUUUGUGCAACAACCCAAACAGGACAUUUUUCCCAAGGAGGAGAAAUCUGCAGGAAGCUUAACGCGAGUGAGGGAAGCAUUGAAGGCUAAAAGAAGAGACAGACAGACAGACAGACAGGAGCUGGAUAUUCUUGGUACGAUAAAGAGGUUAUCACUGCUUUCAUAGUUGGAUUGUGGUGUGGUCACGAAAACGACAGAGCCAGAGAGAGAGAAGAGAGAGUGUUGUACAAUGUGCUAGGAGAUAAGGAAGAAGACGAGCUCGGUAGUUUUUCUGAUAUUCUUGAGGUGUCAGAGAGACCGAACAGAAAGCAGAGAUGGGACGGAAGAAGAUACAGAUCACCAGGAUCAUGGAUGAGAGGAACAGGCAGGUUACCUUCACGAAGAGGAAGUUUGGGCUAAUGAAGAAGGCCUAUGAGCUCAGCGUUCUAUGUGACUGUGAGAUAGCCCUGAUCAUAUUCAACAGCUCAAACAAACUGUUUCAGUAUGCGAGCACAGACAUGGACAAGGUCCUGCUCAAAUACACUGAGUACAACGAGCCCCACGAGAGCAGAACUAACUCUGACAUUGUCGAGGCGCUAAACAAGAAAGAACACAGAGGCUGUGAUAGCCCGGACCCUGAUGCCUCAUAUGUCCUCACCCCUCACACAGAAGAAAAGUAUAAAAAAAUUAAUGAGGAGUUUGAUAAUAUGAUGAGAAAUCAUAAAAUCCCCACAGCGCUGCCCCAGCAGAACUUCUCCAUGCAUGUGGCAGUGCCAGUCUCCAACCAGAACACCAUGUCCUACAACCCAGGAGGCUCCAUGAGCAGCCAGGCCCAGGCCGCAGCCUCUCUGAGCGACAGUGGGAUGCUCUCUCCCGCUCAGGCCUCCUUACACAGGAAUGUGGGCUCCAGUGGGGGCCAGCAGAGGCCCCCUAGUCAAGGCAAUGCAGGGAACGGCUUUGUCAACCCUAGGGGCUCUCCGGGACUCCUGGGCGCAACCAGCGGGAACGGCCUGGGGAAAGUCAUGCCCACCAAGUCUCCACCGCCCCCUGGAGGGAACAUGGGGAUGGGCAACCGCAAGCCAGACCUGAGAGUGCUGAUCCCCCCGUCCAGCAAAGGCAUGAUGCCCCCACUGAACACCCACAGGAUAAGCAGCUCCCAGUCCCAGCUACUCGCCACCCCAGUAGUGUCUGUCACCACCCCCAGUCUGCCCCCCCAAGGCCUGGUCUACUCAGGCAUGCCCACCGGCUACAACACCGAGUACUCCCUGAGCAGUGCAGAGAUCUCCUCCCUACAGGGCUUCGGCUCUCCAGGGCUCUCUUUGGGCUCCAUGUCGGCAUGGCAACAACAUCAACUGGGCCAGGCAGCUCUCAGCUCUUUGGUGGGUGGUGGUCACCUACCUCAGGGCUCCAACCUCUCUAUCAACACCAGCCAGAACAUCAACAUCAAGUCAGAGCCCAUCUCCCCACCGCGGGAGCGCGUCACCUCCUCUGGCUUCCCCCAGCAGCAACAGCAACAGCAACAGCAACAGCAACAGCAACAGCAACAGCAACAGCAGCAACAGCAGCAGCAGCAGCAGGCGUCCAGCCGGCAGGACCUGGGCCGCUCGCCUGUGGACAGCCUCAGCUCCUCCUGCAGCUCGUACGAUGGCAGCGACCGCGAAGACCACCGGCCGGACUUCCACUCCUCGUCCAUGGGGCUGGGCAGACCCCCAGCCGGAACCGAGGACAACAGGGAGAGCCCCUCUGUCAAGCGCAUGCGCAUGGACACCUGGGUGACAUAGAGUCACUCAGUCAGGCCUCCAGUCACCAGCUAGUCAGACGGAAGGAGGGAGGGGGUAGACUUGGGGGAGAGAUGGAUGGGGUAGGAAAGGUCCUUAUAGUUAUCAUUAUAAUAUUAUUAUUUAACUCCAUUUCAUUUUGUAAGAAGGAGAAUGGCAAAUAAAUUAAAUACGUCUCACAUUAAUAAGAAAAACAAUCAAGUAGUUGGACUGAAUUAUGUACACAAACAGAUGUUAUCAGGUACUGGGUGCGAAUUAGAUGUUUGCAGGAGUCUGAUGUUCAAAGGAGAAAAAAAGAAGAAAAAAACUAAUCUAGAUUAUUGUAGUCACUGGUCUAGUCUGGCACUUGUAGUUGCUGUUGUUGCACUUGUAGUUGCUGUUGUGGUUGCAAGUUACAAACAAUCCAAAAAGUCAAGAGUGUUGCCUGCUGGCUGAGGGCCCCUGCUUGUGGCGUCCACUGUUAGAGCUCAUGUUUCACUACAUGGUGUAACCUCAUACGACUUUAAUCUCAUACAACUUUGUCUCAAUUUGUCUCUUCUAUGAACUUAUUAAAUCAAUAGAUGUGGAAUCAAAUUUUAAAACAAUUUCGACCUCAGAGACUAAAAAGAGUUGUUUUUCAUUUGAAAGAGGUUUCCCUUGUGUGGUUUUAGACAGGAAAAGCUAUCCUGUAUGGGAAGGACAUGGCUCAGAGUCAUGUGUUUAGUUCUAAAAUAAAUAGGAAAAAGUAUAUUGCAAUAAUAACAUUCAUUUUAUAAUCUGAUAUAUGGGACAUUAACAUUAUGGGAAAUUGUCCAGUUGAACUGGUAACAUGGUAAUAGCAAGGCAUCUUCUCAUUGCUCCAACAAUUCAUUGGUAAUGUAAGCCAAAGCUGUACUGUACGUUUCUUUCUGUUAUUUGUAGCUAUGGUUUCCUAGCAAUUCUCUCAAAAAACAAUUGUUCAUUUUAGUUUUGUUUUUACUGUGCUUUGUUACAAACAUUAUAAAGACAUGCAAGCCAGAUCUUGAAUCAAUAUCUCAAGCCAUGAACACUUGCUGUUCUGUUUGUUAAAUUAAACAUUUGAGCCAAACACUUUCUUUUGUUAUGUAAAUAGCAACUUUAAUAUAUAUAUAUAUAUCACCUUGGUGUAAGUACGUAUGUAUUGUACCAUCACCAGAUUCAAGAAAAAGGUAUAUUUUUGUGGAUUACUGCCAUGUUUACAGGGCGAGAUCCUUAUUAAGUAGAUUAUUCACUGGUUAAUAUUUACUAUUUUGUUAAUUAUACUGUACUUUCUUCAAAAUUGAAUUACUACCAAUAUAGUCAGUGAUUUUCUUUCCAGAGAGUAGUUUAUUGGGUUGUUUUCCCUUUAAUAGUGGUGAAUGUCUGUCCUUAAGAAAUUGUAAUAACAGUGAUGUAAGGUUAAAGUUCCACUAUAUCUUAUGUUGUGAAGGAUAAUCUCAACGCUGAGGAAAAUAUGGUUUAGGGUUAGGCUAUUUACCUGUAGCUGCUGAAUACACUGCCAACUUUCAAACCCAAGGUCCCAUCUCAGCAUUGAAAAACCAUCCAUUGUGAUUGUGCUUUGCUCGAUUGAAAGACAUGCCAUUUCAUGAACCAUGCCAAUAAACCUAUUUGGGUCGCUCCACGAAAAGA